AAUUUGUAUCAUAUUUAGAAAAUAUAAUCUAAAAAAUGCACCAUCUAUCAUCUCAUUCCAUUCAUUCAUAAUCCAUUAUCCACACCAGGACCUGGCUUCAUGAAUGAUGUUAAAUUCUCUAUGCACAAUUAACCACACAUUUAUAGAACCAAGAUGUUGCACCAAUGAAUCCGAAUGGAAAUCAAAUGACUCAAAUAGCGUGGCUUUGAAGAAGUUCAAGAAAGACAGUGUUUACAUUGACAAAACCGGCAAAUUAAGGAACUUCAAUCACAAGAAACUUUCAAGGAAAAGCUGUGGUUCUUUGAGAGGAAGAGGAUGGAAAUUUGGUUCUGGAUUUGUUGAUGGAAUUUUCCCAGUGUUGAGUCCAACCGCACUGCAGAUUUUGGAUUAUCUUCAAAAAGAAGACGAUACCGAGAGAAUUUGGAGUUCAUUAGAUAAGCUUCCACCUUCUCUGGAUGCAUGGGAUGAUGUUUUAACUGUGUCCGUUCAACUUCGGAUCAGAAAAAAAUGGGACUCAAUCAUUUCGAUAUGUAAAUGGAUAUUGCUAAGAAGCUCAUUCAAGCCAGAUGUGAUAUGCUAUAAUUUACUGAUAGAUGCUUUUGGCCAAAAGUUUCUAUACAAAGAAGCAGAAUCCAUAUAUUUGCAGCUUCAUGAAGCUAGAUGCAUUCCUAAUGAAGACACUUAUGCCCUACUCAUAAAGGCCUAUUGUAUGUCUGGGAAGCUUCAAAAUGCUGAAGCAGUUUUCGCCGAAAUGCGAAAUUAUGGUCUUCCUUCAAGUGCUGUGGUGUACAAUGCUUACAUAAAUGGAUUAAUGAAAGGAAGAAACUUUGACAAAGCAGAAGAGAUUUUUCUAAGAAUGAAGAGAGAUGGUUGCAAGCUAUCGACUGAAAGUUAUACAAUAUUGAUAAAUUUAUAUGGCAAGGCCGGUAAAUCCUAUAUGGCCUUGAAAGUGUUUGAUGAAAUGCUAAACCAAAAGUGUAAACCUAAUAUUUGUACAUAUACUGCUCUAGUGAAUGCGUUUGCGAGAGAGGGAUUGUGUGAAAAAGCGGAAGAAAUGUUUGAGCAGAUGCAAGAAGCUGGACUUGAGCCUGAUGUAUAUGCUUAUAAUGCACUUAUGGAAGCUUACAGGUUGUUAUUGGGAGAUGGUUUUCCUUAUGGAGCAGCAGAAAUAUUUUCACUGAUGCAGCACAUGGGAUGUGAACCAGAUAGGGCCUCAUAUAAUAUCUUGGUGGAUGCCUAUGGGAAAGCAGGUUUACAAGAUGAUGCUGAAGCUGUUUUCGAAGAUAUGAAAAGAGUUGGAAUAACACCAACAAUGAAAUCCCACAUGGUGCUUUUAUCUGCCUAUUCCAAAAUGGGAAAUGUGAGUAAAUGUGAAGACAUUCUCAACCAAAUGUGUAAAUCAGGUCUAAAACUCGACACUUUUGUCCUCAACAGCAUGCUGAACUUGUAUGGAAGGUUAGGCCAAUUUGGAAAAAUGGAAGAAGUUUUAACAGUGAUAGAAAAAGGAUCAUAUGUAGUUGAUAUUAGCACAUUCAACAUCUUGAUGCAUAGGUAUGGACAAGCAGGAUUUAUUGAGAAAAUGGAAGAACUCUUUCGAUUACUUGUUGCCAAAGGUUUAAAACCUGAUGUAGUUACUUGGACUAGUCGCAUUGGAGCUUACUCGAAAAAAAAGCUUUAUCUAAAAUGCUUAGAAAUAUUUGAAGAAAUGAUUGAUGCUGGUUGUUAUCCGGAUGGAGGAACAGCAAAAGUGCUUCUUGCAGCAUGCUCUAAUGAAGAUCAGAUUGAGCAGGUUACGAAUGUGAUUAGAACAAUGCACAAGGAUAUGAAGACUGUUCUGCCAGUAGCAUAGGUUUAGUAUAAGAUAUUCACAAAUUAAAAUGUAAUGUGAAUCAAAGAAAUAGUUAAAAUGUUGAAGAGUAAACGAACUUGAAGAGAAUGAAUGAAAUUAACAUAAGGUUUCAAACAA